AUGGGGCUCAGCCCGUGGAAGAUGACGCUCCUGCUACUCACGGUGCAGGCGGCGAUAGCGCAGACGACGCCGGAUGAGACGACGACCCUGCCGACGACCACUGACGAGCCGCCGACGACGACGCCCGACGCGGCCGAGGCCGUGCGCCAGUCGUGGGCCAAGGUUGAGUCGAUGCUCAAGUCGACGGUGGACACCCAACUGCGCCGGCUCUUGCCGCAGAUGCUGCGCGCCAGUGGCGAAGCCGGCAUGUCACCCGAGUGCCAGGCAGCCAACUUCAAGGUCAUGCUCGGACUGCGCCAGCUCAAGUCCUGGGCCAUCAGACUGCUCGACUCAACGGGUCGUCCGGCGGCCGGCACCCUGGAGGGCACGCUGUCCGACUUCGGCAACUACGACGAGUGCCUCAAGAUUCGCCUUGUGGACGAGCACACGGGCGAGGAGAACUUCCGCGGCAAGUACUGCACGCUCAAGUUCGCCGCGCCGAUGCCGCCCAAGCCGGAGCGCCUCAACUACCACCAGAACAUCUUCAACACCACGCUGGAAGAAGGAGGGCUCCUUGAAGACAUGGCCAGAGGAGCGCCCUACUUCUACCAUUUGUCUCCAAAGCUGGGCAUAUGCAUUCCUUCCGCCUGUUCUGGAGAGGACAUUGAGUCCCUCAUCAACGUCGUUCUAAAGCCCAUGGAUUGGAAUGCUACUGCAAUCAACUGCGACGUUGACGGACCAAUCACGAUCAAGAAGAACCAGUUGGCUAUAAUCAUCGUCAUUGGCAUCGUGGUAAUUCUGUGUAUCCUGGGCACUAUUUUAACUACAUGCCGUCGGAUGUGUUCUCAAGAUCCAAAGAACCUAAGACCAAAUUUGUUCUUUGACGUCAUGAAGUGCUUCUCAUUCUACGACAAUGCUCAGAAGCUCUUCAACACCAAGUCCUCCCAAGGAAUGCUCAGCACCAUCCAUGGCAUUAAGUUCCUGAGCAUGUGCUGGGUCGUGCUGUGCCACUCCUACAUUUUCAUGAACCCCGAACGAGUCGUGGCAUUGGAGAACAUUCAUCAAGAUCCAUUUACAUGGUCAUUCCAAAUUAUGAUGAAUGGUUGGUUGGCUGUGGACACAUUUUUUAUGCUCGGUGGAGUAACCCUUGCCUACUCAACUCUGCGUCACAUGGCGGAACACAAAGGACGUCUCAACAUAUUCAUCUACUUUUUCCAUCGCAUCUUUAGGAUUGUCCCGCCAUUGGGCUUCACUCUGGCCCUCAUCAUUCUGCUGCCCGUGUUUGGCCGGGGACCCGUGUGGCACGAGAUUGUGGACGUGCAGGCGAACAAGUGCGAGCAAAAUUGGUGGCAGACUCUGCUUUUCUUCGCCAACUUCGUCACCACCUACGACUCCAUAUGUCUGGAGACAACGUGGUAUCUUCAAUGCGACAUGCAGUUUUACAUUCUUGCCCUUGCAGUCGUUUUACCGAUGUACAAGCACCCAAUCCUUGGAAGUCUUAUCAACCUCAUGUUUCUCGUCGUGUCCUUCAUAAUAAUGGCGGUCAUCAUAGUUUAUUAUAAUUUCCCUGCCAUCAUGAUUUUCCUGCACCCCGAUGUCGACCUCAUCAAGAAGGAAGCGUUCUAUAUUCAUUGGAGGCCCUACACGCAUUACGGGCCUUACGCUGUUGGACUGUUCCUUGGCCUCAUUUUCUUCAGGAAGCAGAAAAUUCGUUUCAGCAAGGCGCUGGCCAUCCUUGGUUGGGCCGCUGCCAUCACGCUUCAGUUGGCCAUGAUUUACGGGAUCCGCGACUGGCACGAGCACUACGAGACAGUGGGAAUCGUGGGCUACGUGUUCGCCAUCACUCACCGGACAGCCUGGGCGGCCACCGUGGCCUACAUCCUGUUCGCUUCGCAGUUUGGCCUCGGAGGUUGGAUUGGCCAGUUUCUCCAGUGGAAGGCAUUGGUCCCGCUGAGCAGGUUGACUUUCAUGACGUAUCUCCUGCACCCAGUGGUGAUGUGGUACAAGCAGGGCCAGCUGAGGGAGCGUUUCUACCUCAGGCACUUUCCUGAGAUGGCUAACAACGUGGUGUCGGACCUGGUCUUCUCGUACGCUGCGGCCUUCAUCGGUACGCUGCUGUUCGAAGUGCCCAUGCUUAACCUGGAGAAGAUCAUCUUGCGGCCUUUUACCGGUCCGCCCAAGAAGCAGGGCCGCUCAGGGAACGGCCUGUCCAACUCGGCAUACGCGCCCGAGUCGCCUCCCGUCGACUUUGUUAUCAAUGGACACCACUAUCCCGAUGACUACAAGAGAUCAGCGGGAGGCGAGCGGAACAGCUCAUCUAGGCUCUGAGAGCCCUACACGAUAAACUGACGCGCGAUGACACCAGCCGAGGCGCAGUCGCUGCAACAUGCUUCUCACAACACUCGGCAGCGCCUCUGAGGAGGAAACUGGCUUGUACAUUGAAAGGUUUCCGCUUGUAUAUUGCUACUCGGAAAACUGAUGAUGUGCUCCGACGGGCUGUUCACCGUCCCCCGACUUCCCUCUGCGCACACCUCCCAUAUUUUCCUUCAUUAAUAGACAACCUUGCGCAGACUUUGACAACACCAUUGUGGUCGAACGUCGGAUCAUUAGCAUUGCGUACACAAGCUAGGUGCACAGCAUUUUUCUGGUGUUAUAUGUCGUCUACCUAAUUUAUCUUGUGUUAUGCAUCACAAGUAAAGCGACGGCCUGUUUCAGUCAUCUAUCUGCUCUGUUGAAAUACUUGCACGUCAGACUCCAAACAGAAUGAAUGGUCGAGGAUCACGAAGCACCGACGUAGCGCUACGCGCUGCAGUACGCAAAAGUUCGGUAGAAUCUGAAUACGGAAGAACACACCACCGGUAUUCGUUGUUCGAGCGCCCUUGUGUGCGAUAGCAUUGUCAUAAUUGCCCGGAAAAGGCAAAUGGAAUCCGGUUGGAUGAAAACUCCAGAAGUUAGCGCCAACGCACCUUGGUGUGUGUAUGCUGCUUGCUUCGCCCCUUUGUUGAAAAUGAAGAAUCGAAUUACCAUAGCGUAACAUAUGUUCAUCUUCUGCUGUCGUUACCUGGAUCACGCUUUUUAAAGGUUGCAUUUGUUUCCGUGGAGAUGUCUGAGUAUAUUUUACUAAUGUAUCUAAUAUGAUUGCUGCACCCAUACCAUUUUUUAAAUAUAAAUGGUCCGUACAUUCCUCACUCCGUGUAAACAAGCAACUUGGCGAAGUUAUUCGUAAGCAGGGGAACAAAAUCGUGCCACGGCGAAUUAAAGAGCAGCUAGCAAAUAACUUGCUUUGCUGCUUUAUUGCAGUGUCUUAUUCAAUUCACAAAAAUAUAAAAUAGAGAGAAUAGUACAUUUUAACUGUCAGCGAUGACAGUUUGUCUCAGGACACAUACACGCAUGCAACUGCUGUUGUUCUUUGGUAGUCACAACUUGUUUUGUAAAUAAAUGUGUAAAU